ACAGCUGAGCAGGCGUUACCAUAGAGACCGGUCCUCCCCCGCGCUCCUCUCCCGCCAUGAGUGUGGACUCCCUGCUCCAGCACAUCGUCCUCUCACAGCAACAUGCGCAGGAAAGGCGAAGACUCCUUCAUGAGGUAAAAUCGGAAUUUAACAAAUGUCAUGAAAAAAUUAUUGAGGUCAAAGAGAAACUCCGAGAAGCCAAAACAGCCCAGGAGAAUAAGGUCACCAUUUUGCUGGAGAAGGAAUGUGAAAGAGAUCUGCUGAAGAAGCGUCUGGAAGUUCUGGAGUUCCAGAAGAAGGAGCUCCUCAGAGAAAAUCAUAAUCUUCGCUCUAAACUUCUAGAGAUAAAGGACUUGAAGGCCUCGGAGGAGGAGACAUUCAUGAAGGACGUCUGGGACUAUAAUAAUAAUUACGGGCUGACGGUGAACAGAAAGCAGAGGCUGAGAGAGCGCGCGGAGGCUGAGGGUCCGAUUCUGGAUGAGGAGAUCAAUGUGCUGGGAUACGAAAUCGAAGCCCUGAGAGGUGAAAACAUUCAUCUAAACGCUCUUCACCGGCAGAGGAACGUCAUCCAGAGAGAACUAAGUGAGUUCCAGGAGACUCUCAGAGGCCUGGACAAGGAGAUCAGUGCGGCCGCUGGGGUCACCAAGAUCCUUGAAGCUGAGAAGCUGGCCAUCAGUCAGAGGCCUCAGAGCGAUGACGAGUGUCUGAGGCUGAAGAAAGAGCUGGAAUCCUAUAGAGAGGAGAACACGGAAAGUGCAUACGAGGCGCUGUGCACAGAGAUAGAAUCCCUGCAGCAGAAGUUGUGCGAGGUGCGCGGCGAUAGGACAACACAGAACGUAUCUCCGUAGACACAUUAUCUGACUAUUGAAUCGAUUACAGCACAGCAGCAUUCUCUCCCCGUGAUCGGCGCUGCCGCGGUCGCCGCCGUCUUGUCCACGUUUAGCCUCCUCGCCGCGUUAUAUUUCAUCGCUCAUUUCAAUUAAAUUGAAUUAUUAAUAAUUGUUGCUCCCGUACAUUAGGAGUUAUAGGCACCGGCGAUCGGUUUUGGCGUUCGCGCCGUUUAUCGGCAGCACAAAUGUUCACUUUGCUCUAAAUGGUUAUUACUUUGCUGGAAUGCUCGGCCAUAUUAAUAAAGGCUCCGCGGCUGCGAGUUAUUGAUGCGCCUCUCGCUAAUGUUUUUA